GCGAAUAACGCGCUGGAGGGAGGAUACUCCUUCUGAAAGCUUUUUGUAUCCACCUGUAUGCGCCUGUGCGUGUAUGCUCUCUGAAUCGCCAGUGAUCGUCUCAGUGCACACACACACAGAGAACAGAGGGGGUGCGUCCGCACUCGUCUCCUUUUGUUUUCCGUCCUUGACAGCAGCUGCGAGAACCGGCGACAGCGCCGUAGGUUGUACUAAUAGUAAAUGAAAAAUAGAAACGAGGUCAGACGACGAACGUUAUAUGAUACAUUGCAACAGCAAUAACAGCAACAAAAUAUAUUCAUUGCCAGUAAUUGCGCAUGCCGUCCUUCACGCUCACACCAUCAUGGGAGCCGCCCGCGAUGGUCCAGCGAGAGCUGUGGCAGCAGCAACAGCAGCAGCACCACGAGGCUGACACCACGCGACAAGAGACACCCAUCAUGGCACAGCGCCACUCUCCUCGGUCCAGCAGCGGCAGCGCCACCAGCAGCCCCGUCUCUUCUAUGGCGCCUUUACACGCCUUUCCUGCCUUCUUAAAUUCUGCCACGUCGCCAACCACCGCAGCUCCACACGCGGUGCUCGGCGGCGGCGUGGGGGGCUCUCAGCUGUACCCACCGCGGCACUGGCGGACACGCAGUGGCCCACGCGCCGUUGCGGUGCUCAGCCCAUCGGAGGCGACAUCGCCGCUGUCGCUCUCCGGCAGCCUAGGGCAGCUCGGUGUGCCGCCUCACACCCAGCCGGCGGUUCGUGUGGGACCGGAUUGGCGAGUGAGAGGCGUUGGCGGCUACGCAGGGGGAUUCUCUCCGGGCAACACAGGCGCGCCUGCCUUUCCCGCCCCGCCGCUCCCCGUUACUUCUCCAACAAGACGCAUCGGUAGCGACAGAGCGGUCGGUGUCGUCCCCGCAGCGGCGACGGCGCCUCCCGCGCCUCGACCGGUGCGAUCCGUCAGCACGGCUCCGACGCAGGAGGUGGCGCAAGGGAUGAGCGGUAGGGACACCUCCCCAGCCACGGGUGGGCGGGAGCAUCUAUCGCAGUCUGCUUUGAUGAGCACCGCCGCGCUUCUCAACGCAACAGCACAUGUGCAGUCCAGUGAUGGCGGACCGGCGAGAGAGGCGGCGGCCGAGCGUCGGCACGGCGAAGAACCGCCGCCAAGCAGGAAGAAUGGUGCUGAUCGAAGCGUACAGAGCUGCGUGGAAGGCGGCGGCAUGGGCCACUCUCUCCACGCGGACAACAGCGGCAGCGAAGGCAGACCAGCCGGAGAACACAUCGUAUCCAACGUGCAUCACGGCGGAGCUGCGACACUCGCGGCAGCCUCUACAACUGGAAAACGCAAGCGAUCCCCCAUUUUACCGAGUCUCACCGCUACUGCUGCUGCUGCAGGGACGCCAACAGAGCCGGCGUGGUGGGACUCCACCACCUCCCCUCCCUUCCUCAGCGUCUCGCGGCAUGCGCACUUCUCCGACCGCAGCGCGCACCGGAUCGGAACUGGCGCGAGCAGCAGCAACAGCGACACAAACAGCAGCGGACGACAACGCGGCGCUGCUCCGCCCGCCCACACGCGGCAUCGCCCUCGCCGACGCAAAGGCCGUCACCAUGCGAGCGAAGAAGUGGAGGGGGACGGGGGGAGCAGCGGUGGGAGGGGUGCGCGGAGCAGCCCGAUCUCGUUCUCCUCUACCUACUCCUCUUCUUCCGCCGCCGCUUCCGCUGCGGCAGCGGCUGGUGGAUCGUCGGCGAGUGGCUCGUCGUCGUCAUCGCCGUCUUCUUCUUUGGACGGCUGCUCGCCUCACUCGCGCGACGCCUUCCACUGCCUUACGAGAGACGCGGAAGACGAGGUCGAGGAUGCAGGACACACGCCGGCGUCAACAGGGUCUUGGCCCACUGGACAGGAUGCUGCUGCUGCCGCUGCCGCUCCGCAUGCAUUGAUGCCUCCACGAGAGGCAGAUGUGCGAGGCACGCACACGGAUGACGACGCGGUCCUCCUGUCCCUUGAAGCAUCUCCGUUGCAGCCACGAAAAGCGUUGCCACACGAGGGGUGGAGUCCACAACCGCACGCGCGACACGGAGAGGCGAAGGAGGAGGGGAGAAGAAACAAGCAGAUGCCAACGGCCGCCGUUCCAGACGCAAGGUCUGCCACCGUUGCCAUGGAAAGCGACAUCGAUAAGAGGGAAGCUCCUGCGGUGCCCUCAGACGAGCAGCAGCCACCGCCACCGCGGACCUCUUCCUUCUCUUCCUCUAGAGGAGGAAACUAUGUUGGCACUCUCGCUGCACCACACCCCGCCGACCCCGCAGCGCCACAGGUGGUGUCGCCGCUGUCCACCUCCCUCUUCGCCGGGCUGCUUUCGACGAGCGAGACCACGAUCCACACCACCACCACCACGUCCACCGAAGGGCAGACAGCGAACACGGCGGCCCCCACCGCCCUUUUCCCUUCUUACCUCAUCAACGUCGCCUCCGUGGCGCUGCCGCCGCGAGCCGUCGACCCCCCCACCGCGAUACAACCACAGCAGCAACAGCAGCAGCGUUCUGCACCGCGAACACCGCGCAGUGCACGCGAGGCGUUGCUGCUCAAGCACCUCCGCGUCGCCCUCACGGACGCCCACGGCGUGCAGGGACACUUGGCGGAGCUGCACGCGACCCUCUUCCCACGGCCGGCCGCGAUGGCAGCGGAGGCAGCGGAGGCAGCGAGGGUGCAGGAUGGCGCGGCCGACGCGGCGCCAGUGGCACGGAGCAACAACGCGACGACGACGACGACGAUGCUGAUGGCGCACGUGACGGAGGGAGCACCGCGCGAUAUCAACGCCACGCGCAACCCGUGCAACACUGAGCAGCAGCAACAGUUCACUCCUACGGUCAGCACGCCGCCCCACGGUGCGAGUGGAACGGGCAGCGUCACGGGAGACGAGGGAGCAACAGCAGCUCCAGCAGCGACGCCGACAGCUUCAGGCACCAUACCAACGAACACAGAAGCAGAAGGUGGCGCGGUGGUGGCGAAGGGUAGAGCACGCGCGCCCACCACAGAGGCAGAGGAAGAUGGCGAGGAGGAAUCGGGGGAAGAGGAGCAACCACCAAACACCGCCAGCUCCUCCCCAUUGGCCUUUCGCGUCAGAGGUCUCUACACGCCCUCACUAAACGGCUAUCGGCAGCAGCGACUAACGCGGCUGACGGAGCAGCACUUGCUGUCGCUCUGGCAGAACGCAAACGAGGCAGCCCGUAUCGUCUGUGGAAUGCCGCUGCAACACUGCAUACGCGCUGCCGUGGUGGAGGAGGUACCGCUCGUGCAACAGAAAACACUCGCGUCGCUGACCGACACCUUCGCGCAGUUCGUCAACUCCUCGCACCGGAGGACGGAAAAGGGCCGAUCCGCGUUGGUGCUACUGCCUUCGGAGCAACCGGCGCCGGUGGUGGACCAGCAGGCACCGCCACUCCCGGAGAGCACUGCUUCCGGACAGGCAGCCAUCACCGCGCUUGCAACAACCCCUUCAUCCCCGCCGCUGUCUCUCUUGAAGCCAGACGCAGCAACGUCGUUCUCCUCCCCGCCGAUGUGCGAUGUGGAACGUGCGGCACAGCUGGCCGAAUCGAACGAGAAAGCGACAACGCCCGUGACGCCGUCGAGCUGCAGCGUCACGGGCGUCCUGCCAUUCACGACCUUCAAGCGCACCUUGACAACGGCCACGAGUGACCAGGAUGACGGCUCUUGGUGGAUGAGCUCGCUUGCCCAGCGUCCUCAACACCCACCGCAGCAACAGCAGCAGUCUCAGCAGCAGCAGCAGUCGCACAGCAGCCGCUAUCGAAGUGGGAGCGCCAGAGGUGCGGCGGAGAGCCCUUCCCCGCUCAGCUCGCCGGCUUCUCGGACCACACCCACACCCACACCUACCACCGCACCCACGGCAACGGCCACGACGACGACCACUACCACCGCCACGCUCGCGACCACGACGUACUCCUCCCGCUCCGCGGCGACCGACGCUACGAGUCGCUCGCACAACAUAGGGGGAACGAUCCUCGUGUGGCCCUGCCCACCAGAAGGCUCGCGCCCCCCCGUGGUGAACCCGCAUGGCUUGUCAUCCCCCCUCUCGCGGACCGGGUCGGGGAACUCCUCCGCCUCCUUCGAGGCCACCGCAUCCACCUCCGGCACUAUCUUCCUCCACAACUCACCAACGAGUUUUGUUGGCGGUGGGGUCGGGGUGAGCAACAGCCUGCACGACAUGCUGAUGCUUGGCACGCUACGGGGCAGCAGAGGCGAUGUCAGCUCAUACAGCAACGUUGCGUUGAACUCGCUAAGCGGGUCCAGCAACAGCAGCAGCGGUGACGGGAAUGGCGAGGGGGGAGGAGGGAGCGAUGCGGUGAACGUGCGGUCGGGCUUUUCCAGCCCCGCCGCCCCCACCGCCUUCCUCUCCUCCUCCAUGAAUAGCAGCAGCAGCGGCGGCAACAACAAUAACACCAACGGCAGGGCGCCGACGGCGGGGGGUAGUGCAGGCCACGGCAGCCCGAGUCGUGUGCCUCGCCUGUACGCACUGCCCUCCACCUUACUCGCGCGCCUUCGCAGUCAGCUCCUGCGUGAGGGACGUCCGCCGGGUGGCGAGACAGCGAAGCGAGGCAGCGGUGGCGAUGGGCAUCAUCCCACUACUACUAAUAAUAAUAGCAGCAGCAGCAGCCACCGUGAAGGAGGGGGUGGGGGCGGCGUCGAAGUCCAAACGUGUCCCUCGGGUGACCGCCGAAGAUCCGCCGUCCCGCCGCUCGUGUCGAUGCUGAGGGUUGUCGCCUCCCCGUCUUCGAACAGAGACGGCUCCAUCACGUCCUUCGACGGCGCGGCGACGUCAGCUUCUUCCACCACGUCCACGACUCCAACGCGUGGGGCAGCAGCAGCAUCCACGUGCAUCACCGCAGAGUCCCCCGCAACCCCAGCAGCACCGGAGAAGGUGCAGGAAGGCGACACGGUGGACGCCGACAACAGUCACAACUACCACUACUCCCUCGCGCUGCCUCACACGUCUCAAGCACAGCCUUCACGUUCAGUACCACCGUCGCCGUCACAGCACCAGCAGCAGCAGCAGCUACAGCCGCCGUCGACGCAAGGAAUCCCACUUCCACAGCGACUUUCGCCGACCGGCUCGCUCCAUCUCGAGAGCAGCGGCGGCAGCGCAGCACCGACGUCGCCGUGGCCGUUGCCGCCGCCCUCUCCGAUUCCACCUCCGCCUCCGGCAGCUGCGCAGCGUGGUGCUGCUGCCGCUGCUGCUUCGAAGGGUAACGGGCCUCCGUAUUUAUCCACUGAUUUCACCCCUUCCCAGGCGUCCAUCGGCGAAGGCUGGGCGGCGCAUCACGCACCUCCACAACAACCACAACUCAGCGGUGGCUCGAGUGCUCGUAGCGAGAGUGGCGGUGGUGAUGGCGGUGCCGCCGCUGCGGGGGGCAGCCCCUCCUCCCCGCCCACACCUGCGGCGCUCAGCCCGUCCGGCUCCUCCAUCGCGUCUGCGCUGAACGCCCUGUCUGCCCAAUCGGUGAAGGCCCCAUUUAUUAAGGUGCAGCGAGAAGAGGUAGCGGCGGAUGCGGUGCCGGACUUGGACUCGAGCGCGUGCAUCAGCGAAGCUCGCCGUGUUGCCGCCGCCGCAGCUGCUGCUACUGUGGGAGCAGAGCCGUCGACGAAAGGCGCUGGAAACAGCUCUUCCAGUCAUCGCAGAGGCAGCCGUGAGGAGGGCGUUCCGCAGCAGGAGGUACAUCACGAUCCGUCGGACGCGACCGGCAUGCCGCCCGGCUCUUCGUCGAUGGACGCUGCGCCGCAAAGACACGACAGAUGCAACGCGCUGACCGUUACCGCUGAAGAAGGUUGUCAUGCCGACGGUUUGGCUGCUCCGCGCGACGGUGCCGGCGACAACCGGGAAGGCGACCGCGACGGUGACUUUGUCGCCAGCACGACGGUGUCAACGCACACGUCGUACACCGACGGCACCGGCACAGGGCUGCUGCAUCGUGUGCCAUCACCGCCGCCGCAUCCCCUUCCUCCUUUCUCGAUACCGACACUGCUGAUCUCCCCAUCCGGCGUGCUCACUGCAGAGGAGGACGUGACGGGGACGCUGUCGCUGCCCACGAUGUACGAGUCUGCGGCGGCGUCGACGGUGGUGCUGCCGGAGCUGGUGAUGCUGCACGGCAGUCUGUCAGGCUCCCAAAGCAGCAGCGCGACCCCGCGCGGUGCUGCUGUUUAUGGCAGUGGUGGAGGUAGCGGCACCCCUCGCGCAAACAUCGGAGCUACGACAAAAUCUACCACACCUACUUCUGCUGCUGCUGCGUCCAUCAGCGCUGCUGCCACGACUACUCCUGCGACUUCUUCUGCGUCUGCUGGGGGAGUCUCGCGUGAGAACGGCAUGGCAGAGCCGGCGAUGCUGACCGCCACAGCCGCCACCGUCACCGCGAACACGACGGGGACUGCGACACCCGUGGCGCAUCAAGAUCUCAUCUUGCGGUUGUCGUCGCGGGGUGACGAGCUGGGCUGUGCGGCACCGCUGGGCAGCCUCAGCGAGCAGACGAACGCGCUCGCCGACGUGAGCGUCAGCCGGGAAUCCAGCUCUCUGCUUGCGUCCUCCUCCUUGCCCCAACAGCCGCAGCUGUCACCAUCGACGUCGACGCCGCAUUCUUCGCCGCGUGUACCGCCGGAGCCGAACAACAGCUUCAGCGGUGCGGUCAGCGGACACGACCGUCAGGACGCUGCGUCCCGAACGGGCCGAGGGGUCGACUUGAGCAGAUAUACGUGGCCGUCUUCUCCUCAGCGACACACCGACGUGCCCACGCCGCAGACGGAGGCAUCUGUUCUUUACCUGUCGCUGUGGCAGCAGCAGCAGCAACAGCAUCAGUGGUCGUUGUCCGCUACGCCUUGCGCAGAGCACGCCGCCGGAUCGUCGGCACCGCUGUUGUCACCGCUGUCGCUCGACGCCGGUCACGACGCCCUGCUCCUGCCUUUCACACAUCCGCCGCAGCCAACUCCGCCGUUUGUGUCGUCGCCGCCGCAUACAACCUCCACCGCGGCAGACACACCCGCGCGAGCUUUUGAAGGCAGCGAGGUGGACAGUAGUGCGGAGUCCGUGGGGACGUGGUCGGCGUCGUCCCCAUUCCAUUCUUCCACAAAGUGCGCUGUCUGCGCGGGGAUGACCACCGCCGUCCUCACGGCUGAAUGUGAAAGGGCCGCGUCGGCGUCCUGCAAGCCACACGCGCUCGACGCGAGCACGCAGACGCCGCACCCCACACCACCACCACCACCACUACACCACCAGAUGCAGGAAUCCUCGGAUGCCUCUCCGCUGCACGACUCUGCCGGUGUGGAGCCGUCCUCUUCACCAAUGAAGCGGAGGCACACCUUUGGUCCAACCCAUCCUCCGCCGUCGCAUCCAACGGAGCCCUCCACGGCAUCUCCCUGCAAGGCGGCCACGUCCAUCACUCCUUCGCCUGUGCUUCUUGCUGCUUCCGGUACUCUAGCUGCAUCCUUGGCUGGUGAUGGAGGCAGUGGUGAUGCUGCUGCUGCCGCCGCCUCCACGGAGGAGGGCGUCUCCGCUGCUCCGCCGCUGUCGCCCUCGUUGCCGCGCCGCACGUGCACCUCCUCUUCGUCGCUGCCGCUGCAGAACUCUAAUUCAACUUCCAGUCACCAAGACGACGACGUAACGAUGAUUAUGCGGCGCAGCAGCAGCAGCAGCAGCGAUGACGAUGAUGAUGCGCCUCUGCGGCUUCCACAACGAGAGAGCCUGAGCCACCGCAGCAGUCCGGUCAGCCCUCUGCACCUGCGCCUUCUCAUGGCGAAAGAGGAGGAGCACGGGGAGCACGAGGAGGCCGAGGAGGCCGAUCUUUUCCAACCCGAGCGGCUGUCGAACCUACACCGUCGUCCCCGCGCGGAUUAUCUGGAGGAAGCAGCCGCCGCAGCGGCUGCGGUGAAAGGAGAGAGGGAGACACAGGACGAGAGAGAGGAGGAAGAAGCGCACGACGAUGCAGCGGCGCAGGCUGCGACGACGGCGGCCACGGUGGAGGAGGAAAGCAGCGGCAGCAGCGGCAGCAGUGGCGGUGGUGUCGAAGCAGCAGAGCCAUGUGGCGGCUUAUGCGAGGACCAGCCACAAUCUGCAGAUCCGCCACAACCACCACCACCACCACAUCGACAGCAACGAGAGCAGCAAGAAAGAGGAGUACCGGUCCUCACCGACGUAACCGGCCGGACGAGCCCAGCAGCGUGCGUGGCGAAGCACGACAGCAGCGCCACCGUGUCCCCUCCGCUAGAGACGGGCCAUGACUAUUCUGACGCCACCGCUAUCCCCAACAACAGCGGCGGGAGCACCAUGGUCGGUCACCCGACCCCCAACAACACCAUUACCCCUCCACCUCUCUCGCCGCCGUUGCAGCAGCAGCAGCAGCAGUCUUCACCGGUCCUGCAGCACUCCGCCAGCUUGUUCAACAACAGCUCCUCUGCGGUGUCCCUCGGCAACGCCUCCAACACCGCCAGCGGCACCUUCAACACCACGAGCAGCGCGACGAAUACAGUGAGUACCACGUUGAUGGCCGGCAUGUUCUCGACCGUGAACUCGGCCGUUUCCACCGUGACGACGACGAUCGGCAGCGCUGCGACGACGACCACCACCACGACGAACCUCACCAGCCCCCUAACCGGGUUCGCAUCAUCGUCGGAGGGGGGAGCGGCGGCGAGUGCCACACACACCGCCGCAGCAGGCGGCGGCGGCGGCGGCGGCGGCGCUACGACGGCGGGCCCUCCACCGCCCCUGCACCCGCUUCCCCUCCCCUCUGCUCUCACCUCGACCACCACGACGGCGAUCAACACCACCACCACGGGCAGCUUAUCAUCGUAUUUGUUUUCUUCUUCAUCCCCGGCGGGCACCGCCACGUCGACCAUCAACGCGGCCGCCACAAUCACCGGCGCGACGACCACCACGUCAUCGCUCUUCGACACGCAUAGCGCGACCGUCACACUCAGCAGUGCCUCCGUCAGCCGCAUCUUCGAUCGCUCGAGCUCCCCCCGGGGCUUGUCGACCUCACCGAUGAAGGCCUUUCCGGCUGCCCUUCCGCCUUCCCCCCCACCGCGCAUCUCACCACGGCAGGAGCGGCAGACAGGUGAGGAGAGCGAGAGCGCCGACAGCGUAGCAGGGGCGGAUGGCGCGAGUGGCGACGGUGGGAAUGGUAGUAGAGUGGGCCCGCCGUGGCUUGAAUUACCGGCAGCCGCAGCACCUCCAGCGGAAGCAGCAACCACAAAAAAAAACGCCUCCGUUGAAGCCGCGACCACCACCGCAUCACCGAAGAUGACGGUGCUCGGUCGACUGCCUCCGCUGCCGGCGUUGUCGCCCUUUCAGAACUACCCGUUCCUAUUGCCGCGGGAGUCCUCGUACGAUCCUGAUUAUGAAGCGGAUGAUGACGAGGAGGAGGAGGAGGAGGACGAUGGUGGUGGUGGUGGUGCACCGGCGGUGCGAGCGGUGGGGGACAGCGACGAAGAGGAGGAAGAUCACCACAGCGACGACGACGACGACGGCGGCGCCACACUCAGCGCCACAUCGGUGGGUCGUCCGCGUGGCAGUGCGAAGGGUAUGCGGAGGGAGACGCAGCUGGACGCCACUGUGGCGGCGGAGGGCGUGAAGAACGUUGAUCUGACACAAGAGGAACCAGCAGGAAGAUCAGCGUCCUCUGUGGUGCUGUUGGACGCGGUCGCAGGAGCAGCGGGGGAGGCUGCUGUUGCGGCGGCGGUGGUGGCGACGGGAGAUGCGGCGCGAGAGGCGAAAGAAAGAGAGGAAGAUGAUGUUCAAACAGAUCGAGGCCACCGAAGUCCCCCAUCUCCGUCGCCGCCGACACACCCGCUGUCCGAUGCUGCGGCAACGACCGCGAGCUCCGUCUCACGCAAGGCGUCGCAGCGCAGGGAGAGCCCGGGAUCCGCACCGGACACCGCCGCUCCUACACCCACGUCGCUGAACGUGGCGAUGAAAGACGACGGCGGCGACGGCAACAUCAUCAGCAGCACGACCAGCCGCCACCAGAGUCACAGGGUGCAGGCCAACGAUGACGACGACGAGGAGGCGGAGGGGAAGCGUUCACUGGACAGCGACGAGGGAUCAUUGGUGUGUGUUGCGGAUCUGCACCACCGCUUUCGCUGCUCUCCAUCGUCCCCGCUUCAGCCCAGCCCUUACCAUCUGACCUCCACGAUGACCAUGCUGCCCAUCUCUACGGUGCUACGAAGCACCGGCACGGCAGGCGGUGAUGGCGGUGGUAGCAGUGGUGGCUCGAGCCCCAAUCGCGGCGUCCCGUGCGUCGUCGUGCCUCGCCUGCCGUCCCCACUUCUAUCCUCCUCUCCGCGUCUGCACCUCGUCGCGUCCUCCCGCGCCGUCCUCGUCACCGGCGGCGCCAUCACACGCGCACACGCAGACACAGUUGAAGCACCCGUGCUGCACGACGACACCAGCGGUAGCGGAGAGGCCUCUCCUUUGCCGCACCCUCGACGACGCCGCAGCCACAGCCGCAGCCGCAGCGCGCACUCCGAUUCCCCCCCUCGCGGACUUGCCGAGCCGAGCGCCAAUGCCUCCGAUGCACCGCAGAAACCUCACAAGCACAACGAUGACGAACUGCAGCAGCAACCGCAGCAGCAACACCCCGGCGAGCCUGUCCGGCGCAGCCUUGCGGGGGACGGCAACAUCUUGAGUGUCAGCAGCUGCUUUGCGAGUCCUGCGGGCCCCUCCACGGUGCGCUCGAGCUUUACAAACGAUGUGGAUCUCUCCGACAUGUCGGUCGUCGUCCGCAGUCGGUCCGUGCAGAGUCAAGAGAGCAACGAGAUGCGUCUUAGCGCCUACUCCCCCGAGAGCACCGCCCUGUCGGGGCAGCCGCGGCGCCUCAUGCUGUUCCCGCGCCUUUCCCCGCCAUCGCAGGCCGCCUCAGCCGGCGAGCUACGCGUCGGCGCUUUUCCAUUACGGAGUACGAGCGCAAGCAGUCGGGCGAACACCGUCGCAGCGGCCGUUGCGGCGGUAGCGGCCUCCACGGCAUCCCGCACCGCACUGGCCACCGCAUCGCCGAGCGACUCACAUUUCAUCCCUGCUAGGAGAGCAGGUGCAGGCGCGACGGCCACGACGGCAGCCACGGCGGUCUCUCCGACGUUGCCCUCAGUGAGCGCCGCGGACGUGGCCAUGCAUCGGUCUCCCGUCGCCGCCCCGUCGGACGUGUCUGCACCGCUGCUGCCGUUGUCUCCUGCUGCCUCGACGUCCUCGUCGAUCGGAUCACCGCCGCCGCUGCCAGAGAACGUGACGGCGGUGCUGCGGGCAUCGAGUGGGGGCGUGGACAAGAACACUUACAGCAGCAGCAGCAGCAGCAGCACCAAUGUAGCGGAACGACGCGGUGAACCGGUGCUGAGUGCAUCAACGGCAAACGCAAUGGAAAGAGAUACGGCAACAGCAACAACAGCGGCGAGGGGGUCGCCACUUCCGCGGCGGGGCUCUCAUGAUCAAAACGAUAACGACGACGAGGAGGACGGUCUGGCUGGCGAGCGAGCCGCGGCCACGACGGUCUCAGCGAGCACGGGCGACGCGGCUCGGCACAUGAACUCCCCUGUGAUGGCCACGCAGUCUCAACCCUACGAAGGCGAAAGCGAAGGUGCAAACGUAGAUGCCGUUGCGGAUGCAGAGGCGCACACAACCAGCUCUCACUCUUCUCCUUCUUCGUUCGUCCAUCACGCCGCUGUCGCUGCUGCGGCAGAGGCGAGGUCGAUGACAACCGGUCUCACGCCCAGAGAGGGACGAGGUGCGGAGGGCGAAGCGGGCAAGGAGACGGCCCGGGAUGCGUCCACGCCGUCGUGGCCGACGCACACCACCGCCCUCCCGCGCCCCCGCCCUCUGAUGGUUCCCUACUACCUGGCUCAGUGCGAGGACGGCCUGGGCGAUGUGGCCGGCUGUCGCACUGGCUGGCACGCCACGACCUCUGCCUUUUUCCCCGUCACCACGACCACGACCACCACGUCCUCGUCAUCCACAUUGCCCAGCAGUCGUCGAUACACGGCCAUUACUACGCGCACGUACGGCAGUGGAUCCUCCAGUCUGUACACGGCGGUCUCCGCCCUGGCACGACGACGGGCGUUGGUGCGUGCGAGCUACGAGCGUGCAGGAGGCGUUCCGGCCGCUGACGCCGCAUCCGUCGCAUCAGCCGCGUCAGCGACAGCGUUGCAGGCGGAAGGAAGCAGCGGCAUCAUCAGAAGCGGGGUGAUGGCGACAGCAGCAGCAGCAGCAGCAGCGCCGCCGUCGUCUCUGCCCGCCCCAUCGACGCGCACGCCUGUGCACUCUACUGAGAUGGUAGAGGAGGACAACAAAUAUGAAACUAAUAGAGGCAACAAUGCGGAUGCGGAUGGUGCAGGGCCGACACUUCCACAUGCCCAUUCCUAUCGAGUCGCAGACACACAUGCAGGGAGGAGCGUCGCGCUUUCUUCCUCUGGUCCGAGUGGGGCAGCUCGACGGUCCGCAACGGUCGCCGGUGGUGCAUCGGCGGGCAGCGCAUCGCGAGACAGCGAUGCGCGACUGCUGGCACUCAUGCGGCGCACCGUGAACUCUGCGAGGUAG